GCCUCCGUAAUGGGAUUGGAUGAAAGUUUUCGCGGUACAUAUUUAUUGAUGGAACUCAACCCAGCACGGCGGAUAACGGCCGAUGUGCUCGUUUGCUAGCUAGCUAUCGCUGAAGGCGUCAACAGGCCCCUCUUGAUUGGAGUAAAUUCAAAGCACAAAGAAAAUAGGCAGCUAUGGCCCUCAGUAACGGCACUCACCUGAGCAAGGAGACAUGGAAAUCUCAUAACCAAAUGAUGCUUGAACCUCUCAGUACCAAUGAUGCGGAGGUAUAUGAAAUUAUCAAGAAAGAGAAGAAAAGGCAGAAGUAUGGUUUGGAGCUGAUUGCCUCUGAGAACUUUGCGAGCCGGGCGGUCCUGGAAGCCCUGGGCUCUUGCAUGAAUAACAAGUACUCUGAGGGGUACCCUGGUCAAAGAUAUUAUGGUGGGACGGAGUGUGUUGAUGAUCUGGAGAGGCUAUGUCAGAACAGAGCCCUCGAGGUGUUCCGCCUGGACCCGGCCAAGUGGGGCGUCAACGUGCAGCCAUAUUCCGGCAGCCCGGCUAACUUUGCCGUGUACACCGCGAUCGUGGGGAGCCACGGCCGGAUCAUGGGUCUGGACCUCCCGGAUGGGGGUCACCUGAGCCACGGUUUCAUGACCAACAAGAAGAAAAUCUCUGCGUCCUCCGUCUUCUUUGAGUCCAUGCCAUAUAGGGUAAACCCAGACACUGGUUUAAUUGACUAUGAUCGGCUGGAGGAGAAUGCUCGCCUGUUCCACCCCAAGUUGAUCAUUGCUGGUGCCAGCUGUUACGCCCGUACCAUUGACCACAGCAGACUGCGCAAGAUCGCAGACGAGAACGAGGCGUUCCUCAUGUCAGACAUGGCCCACGUCGCCGGAAUGGUGGCUGGCGGGGUGAUGGAGUCUCCGUUCGACCAUGCCGACGUGGUCACCACCACUACCCACAAGACCUUGAGGGGCUGUAGGUCUGGUCUCAUAUUUUACAGAAAAGGGGUGCGCAGUGUUGAUCCAAAAACUGGUAAGGAGACCCUGUACGACCUGGAGAAUCCAAUCAACCAGGCUGUGUUCCCAGGCCUGCAAGGGGGACCACACAACCAUGCCAUUGCAGGAAUUGCUGUAGCUCUGAAGCAGGCACUGACUCCUGAAUUCAAAGCGUAUCAGGCCCAAAUUCUGGCCAACUGCAAAGCCCUGGCAGCUGCAAUGCUAGAGAAGGGUUAUAAGCUUGUCACAGGGGGCUCUGACAAUCACCUCAUCCUAAUUGACUUCCGUACACAGGGAACUGAUGGUGGCAGGGUGGAGAAGGUUUUGGAGGCCUGCGCUAUUGCCUGCAACAAAAACACCUGCCCAGGAGAUAAAAGUGCCCUUCGCCCCAGUGGCAUUCGUUUGGGAACGCCGGCACUCACCUCCAGAGGACUUCUGGAAGACGAUUUCCGUAAGGUCGCCGAGUACAUCCACAGAGGUAUUGCGCUGACGUUGGAGUUUCAGUUGAACCUGAGCCCCAAGGCUACUCUAAAGGAGUUCAAGGAAAAGCUGGUGCAAGAUGAGAAAUGGCAAAUGAAGAUUAAGGAAAUCCGAGAGGAGGUCGAAGCCUUUUCCGCAAAAUUCCCCAUACCUGGACUUCCAGAACUCUAACACUCAAGAUGGAUGCUGACCUCACCUGAAAAAAGCCAGAACUGCUUCACUGAUUGUUUAUGAGUUAUGAUUAAAUCGGGUUAAACCUGGCUCCAAACCUUAAAUUGACCUGGAUUUGGUGGAGCCAAUCAAUUCAUAUUGAAACAUAAUUUAAUUUCUGUUUAAUAUUUUAUGAGCACAUGUUACAUUUUGUUAAAAAAAAAGUAACGGUUAAACGAAUGUUACAUCAAAAUUAUUUUUACAAGAUUGAACAGGUUGGAAUUGAUGAAUGAAUACAAUUUCGUUUUUUUUUUUUCAUUUUAUUUAAUUAAAAAAAAAAAAAUAAUAAUUUGUGUACCCUGUUGAGCUGCAAGCAGAAAACUUGGAGAAAACAUAGCAACUGGUAGUUCUUGAAGGCAUAAUUUCCGUAUUGGGGCUCAACGCCCUUUCCGUACUGCAUUGUCCGUUUUCAGAACGGAUGAUUCAGCACUUUCGGGGCACAGCAAAAUAUUUAUUUGGGCUUGUGGUGUAAGGCCUGGUUGGAGCAUUCAUUUCAGACUAAUUAAUUAAUCUCUGACUAAUUAAGGGACUAGAUGGACAUUUCCAGUUUCUGACAUGACAGAAAUGACAGGGAUGCCUCCUUGCCUAGUAAUGAUAUGGAAUUGAUCUAGAUGUUAAAACUCAUUGGGAGUUGGUUUCCCAGGCUAGUCCAAGACCCAAGUUAGGAUUUUCAGUGGCAAUCUCCAGUGAGGAAAUGUAUUUAGUCAAAGACUAAGCUUAAUCCUUGUCUGGGUCCAUGAUGCAUUUUUAGAGAAAUGUAUUUUCUCUCGCAAAAUUUCACUUGCUACAUUUAAGUACAUGACCAAAAAUGCCAUGUAAGAUUUAUGAACGUAUACCUGAAGACACUGAAAUAUUGAGUAAAUCAUAGCUACAACAACAAAAUGACAAUGACAUUUCUUUCAAUGUUUUACUGGUUCAAUAUGCAUUUAUCAAGAAGGUUAUUCAGUCGAUUUCUGAGAGAAAAUAUUUGAACUUCGCCUGUAUCUGGAAAGAUUCCAUUCCUUACAUUGUUUAAACAAAAACUUUCAAAUGGCAAAUAAAUAUGACUGGGAGAGUGAGCCAGUUUUAAUUAUUUUAUUAUACGAUCAAAAUACGGAUCCCCCCCACCUAGCGUUUACAACAUUUUCAGCAGAACACAUACAUACUAAAGUUUAAGAUCAAAUGAUUAAAACAACCCUGUUCCCUAUGAAACAUCGCUAAAUCAAAUUGUGACUGCAUUCACACAGACUACGCAAAACAGGACUUCAUGCUGUACAGAGAUUGCAGAAAUCAGCUUGCUGCUUUACAUAAUGAUGAAUGGGAGUGUAAAGAACAGUAAAUUAAAACAUUUUUCUUGAGUAAUGUUUUUGGAGGCAAAAUAUUUGCCUCAGGCAUGUUUAUUGAAAAAAAACUAAACAAUAAAAACUGCAAUUAGUCCGA